AUGGCCCAAACGUUGGAAGCAGAGGGCGGAAAAGGAGGCAACAAGUGGGAUGAUUCAGCUGACAAUGAAAAUGUAACAAAGAUCAUUGUACGUGGUGGUCUUGAAGGUAUUCAGUACGUCCAGUUUGAUUAUGUCAAGAAUGGACAAACCAAAAGUGGACCAAUCCAUGGUACCAUGGGUAAAGGUUUCACACAGCAACCGUUUGAAAUUAACCAGCUCAAAGAUGAGCAUCUAGUCUCUGUGAAGGGUUGGUACGACAAUGUAUCAGGCGUGAUUCAAGGCCUUCAGUUCGAAACAAACCACAAGACUUCUGAUGUCAUUGGAUAUGAGGAUGGGAAUUAUACCAAAUUUACACUUGAAGUAUCCGGAAAGAAAAUUAUUGGGUUUCAUGGAUAUGCGGAGGCAAACCUAAACUCGUUGGGAGCUUAUUUCACAACACUCCCUCCUAUUAAACAAGCAUACGAAGGUGGCUCAGGUGGCGCCUAUUGGGACGAUGGUGCUUACACUGGAGUAAGGAAAGUGUACAUCACAUACACUAAUGCUGAAAUAAAGCAUAUCAAGACUGACUAUGACAAUGGGGGAAUUCUGAAAACGAUUGCCCACGGAAGUCAACAAGGAACAACAGCUGAGUUUGUGAUUGACUAUCCAAAUGAGUAUAUUACAUCCGUUGAGGGGAGCUGUGACCAAGGCUCUGCACCAUCGAAUCGUGCUAGGUCAUUAACUUUCAAAACAUCAAAAGGUAGAGUCUCUCCCACAUAUGGAAAUGUGUUUAGCCGCAAGUUCGUGUUUGAGAGCAAAGGUAGGGCUCUUGUUGGGUUCCAUGGACGGUGUGGUUUUGCUAUUGAUGCUCUCGGAGCUUGGUUUGGUCCAGUGCCUAUUCCUCCCUCUGAAAAACUACAAGCAAAAGGUGGUAAUGGUGGAGAUUUAUGGGACGAUGGUGCUUUUGAUGGUUUGAAGAAAAUAUAUGUGGGACAAGGUCAGAAUGGUGUUGUAUCCGUCAAGUUUGAGUAUUAUAAGAACAACUCCGUGGUUGCAAAAGAUGAUCAUGGAAAGACAACACUGCUGGGCUAUGAAGAGUUCGAGGUUGACUUUCCGAAUGAAUACAUUACAGCAGUGGAGGGUUGUUACGACAAAAUACUUGGAAGUGAGAACGGAGUUAUAACUAUGCUUAAGUUCAAGACCAAUAAACGAACCUCUCCACAAUUUGGAAUGGAUUCGGCCUCAAGCUUCGUCGUUGAGAAAAAAGGUUACAAAAUUGUUGGGUUCCAUGGGAAUGCUAGUCACGAGGUUCACCAGCUUGGGGUCCAUGUUGUGCCCAUUACUCAGUGAAGUUGUAUGAGUCACACUGCGCAACUCUUCUCAGACCAAUUCUGAUCACGUUGUUUUUCAUGUCUUUUUUUCCUUCUUGGUUUAAUUUAUGUUUUCUAUGUAUCGUGUUGCAUUAAGCAUAUGCUUGUUGAUUUAGAUGUUCAUUUCUGCAGUAUCAUGUAAUAACGAAGGGAUUUUCAAUCCGAUUUCAACUUUUA